AUCAACGUCACUCUUGGACUUCCUCCCUUCUGCCUCCCUUGUUGGCUUGCUCAUUUGGUUCGGGUCUGCCUGGUGUUGUGCGUGUCUGUAUCUCCCUGCAGUCAUCCUCACCGGGAAGAUCUGACAGUCGCUGCUGAGAUACCCACUUCAAUCCAUCCACCUUCCAGCAUCACGGUCAAGAUGCCACCCAGCCAGGAUGUAAGACCGGACGACCCGCCCGACAUGCCCAUCUCCCUGCGCCUCAAAUACGGCGUCCACACAAUCUUUCUCCUCGUCGACCCCGUCGCACCCUUCUCCGAGCUCACCGCAGAGCUCAUCUCGGCCCUCCAGGACCGCUACCCGCGCGGCCUGCGGCCCGACGUCGGCGAGCCGCCCACGCCUCUCCCUACAGAAGACGCCGGCUACCACGUCGCCUACGGCGUCAUGAGGGACCCCCACGACGACUCCAAGGGCUGGAAGGACCUCCGCAUCCGCGGCGGCGAGACCCCCGCCAGCAUGGGCCUCCGGAACAACGACCCCGUCGCGUUCGUCGUCCGCAACACCGACGACGCCGACGAGACGCCCGUGUUUGUCGUCAGGAUCCCUAAGCUUGACCAGGAUGACGACGAGGAGGACCUGGAUGAGGACGAGCUUGCCGACGGCAUGGAUGAGGAUGACGAGGGGUCUUAGUCCUUCCUACCUACACGCUGGCCUGGAGAGGAAACAGCCGAGGGGGGGGGAGGGUUCAAGGCCACCAACGGUUGUGUUGCUCUAUACGACCGCUUUACGGCAGACCUCAGGCUGUAUGGAGGUGAUUUCUGGAGGUUGUGUCUGCUUGCACUUCCGACGUGAAUCAUCGAGGCUAGCGCGUUGGGCACGAGAACCCGACGUUGAUGUGUGUGGCAAAGAGAUUGAGGUCUAUUCGCAUGACAUGACCACUGAGAAUGUUUGGCAUCAUCGGUAAUAGAUACGCGGGUUGUGUUUGGCUGCCUUACUGCACCAGUCCAGUGUGUUGGUCUUUUUAGGUGCUAAGAAUCGCCGUUAUCGACUACCAACGCAGUGAGUACUACCGGAUUGUGCCGGUCUCUCGUGCGUUCUGGUAAAACUGGUCGAUUAUUCCUAGUCACUUCGCAGGAAUGGAUGACCACGUGGAAGAUCACGGUCGCUGAGUGUCAUAACAUCAGUCACACCUGGGACAAAGUCAAAUCGACCCGGAAACAAUGCACUGGGGAGAAUGAAAUGUCAUCACAUACACCACUUCCGUACACCGCCACAUCUUGAAAAGGUCCCAUGGUGUCAACAGAGCCGUGUGGCUCGUCCGCGUCUGGUGUGUUGUCUCAUAGUCCUCUAGGCUGCCCGGUUGGUGAUCUACCGACGGACGAGAAGGAGGAACCCCUACAGGUCACAACGGCUGUAGCAAACCACAGGUAUUUGCAUGGUAGUGCUUUGUCUGAGAAGAACGGUUCUUCAGCAGCGCAUAAUUAGGAACAGACGAGCUCAGCCCGAGGCUGUAUGGUGCGCCUACAUGUGAAGCCCAGCAGGGCCGCUGGCCCCACGCAAGACGACACCACGCUUCCGAGCAAUAAUGAUUGCUCUUGAAGUACUCCCACAUGUGUAGCUUGCUAAGAUGUCGUCCCACGGCAACGAAAGCCUCCCUCACCAAUAAUAGCAUGGCACAAGAAAGCUCAGCCUCAUUGCAGCAACAACAUCCUCAGACCGGGUCCGGCCUGGAUCACCGAAUCUACAUGUAACCCAAGUCCGGGCUUGCACACACGGAUUUACUCUAAAAAGAGUCCAGGGGAAUCGUUGAAAACGGACAGUUGGCAAAAUAAUUCAAUUUUGUUGGUCCCGAUAAAAACACAGCGUUAUUUAUGCACCGAAUACUGAUGCUAACCGGACGCCCCGCGACGCCUAUCCCAAAUAUUAAUCCAACUCCUACCUUCUCAGCCAAUGUUGGACAUCAAGGCCUGCCUCUGAACCUGCUCCCUCUUCGCCUUCUUCCGGGCCGCGCUCUCCAUCCAGGCACUGACGAGCACACCUCCGAUACCUAGGAACGCUGCAAUACCCAUAACGGAACCAACGAUAGCGCUCGACAGCCCGAUGUCGAUGCCCGCAUAGGAGCUCGUCGAGGUGGCCGCCGCCGCCGACGUCGUCGACGUGGCGCCGCUUGUGGUGGUGCUGUCUGCCGCUUGUCGCUUGUCGUUGCCGCGGGCGUGGAACCUCCUCCGCCGGAGCUCGCCCUCCGAGCCGGGCUGCUGCGCGCUGUUGUCCUCCUGCUGGCACAUCCUUGUGAUCCACAGCGCGGUCUCAUCCGCCUCGUCCCCCGCGCAGCCGGCCGCGUCCAGGCACGCCGCCAGGAGCCGUGCGUCUACCAUCUCGGCGGCCAUGCAGCUCGUCAUGACCGAGGGGUCCGCGCACGAGAGGUCUGAGACGACGUUGGCUAGGCAUGCUGUGCCCGUCGAUGGCGAGGGGCCCGCCGUCGCUGAACUUGUCAGGAGGGCCGCGAUGGCCGCGCCGGCGAGGCGUUGUCGUAGGCUGUGGGAACCCAUUGUGUGUGUGUGUGUGUGUGUGUGUGUUUGUGUAGUUUGAGUUGCUGUGAUGGGGAUCCCGUGAGGCCCACUGGUAUCGGGAUAGCCGGAGGAAAGUCUGAUUUCAGGUGUUGUUAAGGAGCUAUCGGUCGACUUGAUUGUUGUGUCUGUUGAAACGCUUGCAGCAACUUUGGUAAAGCAAACGAGUGACGAACGAUUGAGCAAGCAGGGAACUAGAGGGGGUAUCACGGUGACGAUGAGUAAAACAGAGAUGUGAAGUGUACGUAGCAGCCAGACCACCACAGGCUGACAAGAUGCUUUUAUUAAACCUUCCCCCUCCCCCAGGGUGCCUGUCAUGGUCCGACAGGUGAGGACCUAGUCAGCUCAGCUCGUGUCACUCGACGCCCGCCGGACAAACAAGGAACGUCCACCACUGCAGACAAGCCCCGGUCCCGGGGUCCGCCUCCACUGCGCAAAGAAUAUAAAAUGAACGACAGAGCCACAGCUAUAUGGCCCAUCUUCAAGAGCUGCGCCCCUACUCAGCGUGCGAAUCCUGGCUGUGCCGGCGUGACGGCAGGAAGAGGCUCCAGCUGAGUGCUCAGAGCGGAGUUAGGAUCGGACCCUCGGUCGCCGGGGGACAAGAUGAAGUCCGGGAACCCGCAUUUGCAUUGUACACUGCAGGUUAGGCUUUUCUCCCACCACCCCCCGGUUAUGAUUAGGGUCCGAGAUCUCCGCAACGGGGGGCUUUGAGCUGGACGACGCGCACGACUGUCUCCACCUUGUCCCCCACAAUGCCGGGCUGACGGUUCGUCAUUGGCAGGGGACUGCUUGAUGCUGAUGUUGCGUGCGGCGCCACCGUGCGUUGCGUGGAUCGACAAAUUUGACUUUGGACUUUGACCGUGGCCUGAGGAUGAGAAUCCCGCAUGGGGGAUUUAGUAGUAGCGGUGGUGCUUGAAUCGCAUGGGGAAUUGGGAGGCAGUCCUACGCCCUUCUAAGUUAUGGUGAUUCUGGCGACCUGUUCCUGUCCAGGUUUGUGAUCAAGCAUCAAGGCCUUGGAGCAUUGACUGCUACUCUCG